AUGUCGGAUGGAAUUAUGAAGAAAUUACCCCAAGAUGUGAUCAGUUGUAUUAUUUUGAGAGUUGCAGUGAAAUCUCUAUUGCGAUACAAGUGUAUCUCUAAAACAUGGUGUACUCUAUUAGAGUCCUCUUAUUUUAUCAAUCUUCAUGUCAAGCGCCCCACCACCACCAAAGACGAAUUAAUUCUCUUAAAACGAUCCUUCGAAGAAGGACCUAAUCAGUAUAAAAAUGUCUUAUCUUUUCUUUCUGGUUGUGAUGAUGAUCAUUAUCCCAUUUCUCCAAAUAUAGAUGUUCCGUAUCUAUCUACAACUUUUGGUAGUGUGAAUCAACAUCUCAUGGGGCCUUACAAUGGUCUAAUUGUCCUGUCUGAUAAUGAACACGUCGUCUUACUUAAUCCAUCCACUAGGAAAUACACCCUGCUUCAACCCAGUCCAUUUGAAAUAUGUCCUCCGGGGUUCGACCGUUAUAUUUGUGGUCUAGGAUUUGGCAUUGACUUGACGAUGAAUGACUACAAAUUUGUUAGGAUUAAUGAAAUUUCUUCGGAUCUUUACAAGGAUCCUUGCGUGAGAGGGAACAAAGUUGAGGUUUAUGAAUUGAACAUUGAUGCAUGGAGAGAAGAGUAUUAUGAAGAGGAAACGUUGCCCUCUGUGUAUUGGUCUCCUUGUUCGGAAUUAUUUUACAAGGGAGUAUGUCAUUGGUUUGCAAGUGGAGAUGGAGAGGUAAUUCUUUGUUUUGAUAUGAGCACUGAUACUUUUCGCAAUAUCAAGAUGCCUCAUACUUGUUUUUUUCCUAAUGGCAUGUGUUAUGGCCUUGUUAUAUUAAAUGAUUCUCUCACCUUGAUUUGUUAUCGUGAUCCAACAUGUGAGAUUGAUCCAUUAACGGAUGUGAUUGAUAUUUGGACAAUGAAAGACUACGGCGUAAAUGAUUCUUGGAUUUUGGGAUACACCAUUAGACCUCUUCCUAUUGAAUCCCCUUUAACAAUUUGGAACGAUUUAUUACUCCUUCAAAGCAAAAGUGGACAAUUGAUUUCCUACAAUUUUAUUUCAGAUGAAGUAAAGGAAUAUAAUUUACAUGGAUAUCCUGGAAGCUUCAAGGUUAUAGUUUAUAAGGAAUCCUUGACUUCAACUCUACAGGAAAACAGUCAAGGUACACAAGCUCAGGGAUUUUAA